AUGGUGGAUACGCGAUCCGCCCCUGUACCUGCCGCCGUCAUGUCCGAGUCCACCUCCACCAUCCAGACCGUUCCCUACGAUGAAACCGUCGCCGCAACCGCCCCUAUCACCGUCCGCUCCGCCUCGUUCCCUAUCCCAACCGACUGUUCGUCGUGCUCGGAGGAGAAAUCGACCAGCGCAUCGUCCGGGAAUGCCUGGGACCAGCCAGCGCCCACGCUGUCGCAACAGGCCAAAUUGAGACACCGGUUCACCGCGCUGCCCGAGGCUGGGACCUCGACCGUGAGCUUGCGCUCGCUGCGCAGCAGUAUCCCCAGCAUCAUCGUCAACGAUUCCGCCUCCCGCCCUAGUUCCCGUCCCGGGUCUCGUCCGGGGUCUCGAUGGUCUGAACGCAGAUGGGGUGGCCUAAGAGGCAAGAAGUCGGGCGAGUUCGAUAGAAACGAAGAUACACCCCCGGUGCCUCCGAUCUCAGCGUCCUUCAAUGGCAUCGCGUUGGAUAUUCCGAAUUCCGCUCUCGAUGGUCUGGGACCGCAAUCGAUGCGGUUCUCCAAGCGCGGAAGCCUCAUCACCGACGAGGAAAGACGCCUUUUACAACAGCAAAUCGAUCAACAGGAAGCAAGACAACGAGAAGCGGCGCGACAAAAUCAGGGAGGUCAGCAGCCGCAGCAAGUGGAGAAUGAGCCAGCAUCACCAGAUGUUGCUCUGUCGGAGCACACUGGCACAGAUAAUGAGAACUUGGACGCGCCGCAAAGGCGCUCGAAACCGGUAACGACCCUCCGGGUCAGACAAAGCGCCAUGGCAAGCAGAGCGAUCUCUGCGGAUGAAGAUAUGUUGUCGCGACGAGUGCGACUCAUGUAUGAGAAAGGUGAUGAUAAUGUCACAGACUCGGAGGUAGCCAGGUCCAUGGCCAUGGACAACGGCGUGUUGUGGGAAGAUGGCGCUCCGACCAGUAUGGAUACCUCCCGUCUCUCUGGACCCAGCAUCUCUGGGACGGAUACGAAGAGUAUCGUGUCAUCCGUUGGCCCAGACAGUGCUCCCGGUAUCAAGAGAGAGGCUCAUGAGCUCGCGGGGGGGAUUGAGUACUGGCAGAAUAUCAAGGCCGGCGACGUGGAUCGCUACGGCUUCAUCCGUUCGCCGACAUCCAACUCCAAUGAAGGAAUCGACCCCAGUCCGAUUCAGCGGGUUUCUACCAGCCUGCUGCUUGCUUCCGAAACACCGCGGCGCAAACACUCGAUUCGGCCACCAUCGGCGGUAGGAGGCAAUCGCCCCUUUUCGGGCUUUGCAGGCCGCUCCCCAACGCGAAAGCUAUCAGAACUUUCGGGUCGCCCGACUUCAUCGCACAGCAUGUUUGCUUCGCCGCUGAUGCGACGGUCGACCUCGCGGUUCCGUCGGGCAGCCAACCACCUCCCCCAUAAUCGCGACCGACGUUUCAAGGACGAGGCCAGUGAUAUGCUCACACUCCCAACCAAUGCGGUAACGCCCGGUGAGAGACAGGAUGCAGCAGCUGCCCGCGCGGCAAGAAAAAAAGAGUGGGAGAGAGAAGAUAAGUGGACGAAAAUGGCCCGGCCUAUCAGGAACACGGACGGAGGCGGCAUGCUGUUCGAGUUCGACACGACCAGCUCCAAGUUGAUUGAACGGACAUGGAAAGGCAUUCCGGACCGAUGGCGAGCAACCGCCUGGUACGCCUUUUUGAAAUCCAGCGCCAAACGGCACAACGACAGCCCUUCGGAAAAAGAGCUUAUCGAGGCCUUCAAAGAGUUCCAACUGGUCUCGUCGCCGGACGAUGUCCAGAUUGAUAUCGACGUCCCCAGAACCAUCACCAGCCACAUCAUGUUCCGCCGCCGUUAUCGCGGAGGCCAACGGCUGCUGUUCCGCGUGCUUCACGCGAUGUCCCUAUACUUCCCAGACACGGGAUACGUUCAGGGAAUGGCAGCCCUUGCCGCGACGUUGCUCGCCUAUUACGAUGAGGAGCACGCGUUCAUCAUGCUGGUGCGACUUUGGCACUUGCGGGGUCUGGACCGUCUCUAUGCCUCUGGCUUUGCCGGUCUCAUGGAGGCUUUGAGCGACUUUGAACGAGAAUGGCUGGAGAAAGGAGAAGUUGCGGGCAAGUUGAAUGAACUCGGAAUCCCCCCAACUGCAUACGGCACACGGUGGUACCUGACUUUAUUCAACUACUCCAUCCCAUUCCCGGCCCAACUCCGUGUCUGGGACGUGUUCAUGCUCCUCGGCGACGCCGAGGACCUCACCGUACCCAGCUCUUCUGGCAAAGGCAGCAAGAAAGAGGGGGCGCACGUCAGUGCCUUCGGGAACGGACUAGACGUUCUGCACGCGACAUCGGCGGCCCUGAUUGACGGAAUGCGCGAGAUCAUCCUUGAAUCGGACUUCGAGAACACAAUGAAGGUUCUCACCAGUUGGGUGCCCAUCAAGGACGUGGAGCUGUUCAUGCGCGUCGCCAAAGCAGAAUGGAAAGUCCACCGUCGGAAAAAGUCAUCUUGA